AUGCCGACGAUGGGGCCAACCGCGUCUGCAGCUUCCCCGCAACGCCCUGCCGACGCGAAGGGGCCCUCGCCCAAUGAGCCCCUCCCGCGCAGCCCAGAGAAGCCGAAGAUGAAGGUCAAGAGGUCCAAGCCGAAGGGCCAGCACAAGCCCAAGCCCAAGCCCAUGCUCACGCAGAUCAGUCAUGUUGGCACGGCCGAGGUGGUCACGGCCGUUGCGAAGAUGGUGCGUUUGAAGGAGGGCAAGGUCGAGAGGAUGCUCAAGUGUUUGAGCCGCGUGUGCAUCGAGGAUCCCGAGCGGGAACAGGUUCGGCUUGAGGCGGAGGAGAUCAAGAAGGGCACGCAAUCCAUCUCCAUCGGCGGCGUCGUAACAUUCCAAGUGCAGCACGGCAAGGAUAAGAAGAAGCAGCCCACGUCCACUGUGAUUGGAAUCCCGAGCCUGUGGAUUGGG